GAUCAAACGCUCGUUCUUUUUUUCCUUUUUUCUUCCUUUUCAUACGCCGAAUCUGUUCUCAUACAAUGAUUGUUACAUCUCAAUGGCUACCGCGCUCCUUAUUUGUAUACAGCCCCGUGCGAGAGGGACCCUCGCACGCCUCAAAUAUCUUCCAUUGUCCCGAAGCGGCUCGUGUGAAGCGGGUGACAACUCGAGGGCGAGGCAAAGCUGCAGUGCAAUCCUCAAUCUUGAAAGGGCUAACUUUAUGUCUCAACUCGUUCCACCUCUAUUAACUCGUCAUGUCAUGACGCUUCCAUUCAUGGGUCCGGAGAGCUACUUGGGAAAGUCUCAGAAGCUUAAAUAUAAUAAGCAUACCAUCUGUGUGAGUGUGUGUGCGAGUCCACCACAUAUUUAUGGUUCACUCUGGUUGGGCCGACAUUCUUAUUCCCUCGUCAGAUCGUAGUCGGCAGCUUGAACCUUGCUCUGCGGAAGAGAGAUCUUGCAUCAUGACGACUGUCUACGGCGGCACAACAGUAAGUCCAUGCAAGCAUCCAUGCAUUCCGCUUUCAUCAUGUGGUGUUCGAGACCAUUUAAUAGGCGAUGCUAUUGAUAGAAC